AUGUCGAACUCAAGUGUUGCAAGUGAUCCUCUCUAUUAUGAUGUCAGUCCAAAAUACGUGCGUUAUACACGUUUAUUUUUUAUUUUUUCUGGUCUAAUAUGUGUAACAUCAAUCAUAUGUGCAGUUAUAAAAGCUCAUGACGAAAAAAAAUUUUAUAUUAUUAUAAUUAGUUUAGUUACAUCGAUAUUUUUUGUUCUAUGUAUUUAUUUAUUUUUUCAACGACGAAUUCUUUUAGCUGAAAAACUUUGGUUUGUUAAUUUAACAAUAUUUAUUUUAUUUUUACAAGCAUUAGUUUAUUUAAUAUUUGUUUUUGUUAAACCAUAUCCUACUCCUAUUGUAACAACAAUAACAACAACACCUUUUUCAACAACACCAUUUAAUACAACUAAUAUGACUAAUAUAACAACAACAACAACAACAACAACUACACGAAAAUUAUCAAAGAUGUAUUCAUGGGAUAAACAAAUAUUUUUAAAUAAAUUAUAUGAACAUAUUGAAGAUAAUUGA